CAACGCUACGGAACUUAGCAAGCGGCUAGUGGUGUAGCGUCGUUAAAAUGUGUUAGCUUGCCGUCAUAUGUAUGUGCUGUUCGACUUCAAAAAAGGUCUGUUGUGGAAUAUAGACGGGUCUUGUAUGCGACUCCAUUACUCCGUUGGUGUUUGAGUACUACGCGUAGUUCGUUCCUUCUCACGUUAGCUAACUUGUGUAGUUUGACAGCAGGAUCAAAGAAGCUGCUAACCGGGCUAACAUAUAGCUGGUAAGCUACAACACAACACUGCUAGCUAGGUGUCUGUCUGUUUUGUUAACUACUUCGGUCUGGCUCCACUGCGUCUGAAUACCGCUGUUGUUAAAGAAAUAGCACAUAUGCAAGCCUUGGAUGAGACCUGUACCUGAGGUUGGGACUGUCUGUGAUGUUCAGAGCAUUUCUCCUUGCUUCAUCUGACCCCAUCUGGUCUCUUUAACCAGUCAUAUAUUAUUACUCUGAAAAAAGAAAUCCCAUAUCUCUGCUUGGCAACAGUAUGAUCAUUUACGCUGAUCCCACCCAGUCCACUGGGAGAAGAAUCCCCCCAAACCAAGCUCUCCAAAUGAUAUGAUAGUAGCCGCCUGGAUCACUUACUGUGCCUGCAGGAGCCUUGCACGGGUUCUGCUCUUCCUUUCCUCCUCAGACUCCCUUCCUCCAUUCUGGCAGACCCUUGCCACUGUGGUCUCUGGCACUGGAACCAUGGGUAACAGCUGUGUGUGCCGGGAGGACAGUGACUUGGAGGACCAUCACCAUGGGUCGACAAGGGCAACCCGAGGACAAGCUCGACGGGUGGAUCAUGCUACAGCCGCAGGUGUUGAUGCUGGAGAGGCUCGGAGCAGUCGGCCAAGGGACCCAGUCAGACCACCGCGCCGAGGGAGAGGACCUCAUGAACCAAGAAGGAAGAAGCAGAAUGUGGAUGGCCUGGUGCUGGACACGUUGGCUGUCAUCAGGACACUUGUAGACAAUGACCAAGAGCCCCCUUACUCCAUGAUCACCUUGCACGAGAUGGCAGAGACAGAUGAUGGUUGGCUAGAGGUUGUCCAGUCUCUGAUUCGAGUGAUCCCAUUGGAUGAUCCGCUUGGUCCUGCAGUGAUCACCCUUCUCUUGGAUGAGUGCCCCCUGCCCACCAAGGAUGCUCUCCAGAAACUCUCAGACAUGUUGAGUCUGAGUUCCGCUGUAGCACGACAGGAUGCUCUGAACCCUGCUAAACACAGAAAUACCACAGCUGUCCUAGGAUGUCUGGCAGAGAAACUGGCUGGUCCAGCCAGUAUUGGAUUGUUAAGCCCUGGAACCCUUGAGUACCUUCUAGAGAGUCUAAGCUCUGAGGCCCACCCUACUGUCAUGCUGUUUGCUCUCAUUGCUUUGGAGAAGUUCUCCCAGACCAGUGAGAAUAAACUGACAGUGUCUGAGUCGUGUAUCAGCAAUCGGCUCGCUGUGCUCGAGUCGUGGGCAGAGCAGCCUGACUAUCUUAAGAGGCAGGUCGGAUUCUGCUCACAGUGGAGCCUUGACAAUCUGUUCCUAAAGGAGGGUCGUCAGUUCACCUACGAGAAGGUCAACCUCACCAAUAUCAACGCUAUGCUCAACAGCAACGAUGUCAGCGAGUACCUCAAGAUCUCCCCAACUGGACUAGAGGCACGAUGUGAUGCCUCAUCCUUUGAGAGCGUCCGUUGUACAUUCUGUGUGGAUUCAGGCGUUUGGUACUACGAGGUGACAGUCAUUACAUCAGGAGUGAUGCAAAUUGGAUGGGCCACCAAGGACAGCAAGUUCCUCAACCACGAGGGUUAUGGGAUAGGAGACGAUGAAUACUCAUGUGCGUAUGAUGGCUGCAGGCAGCUCAUCUGGUACAACGCUCGCAGUAAACCUCACUCUCACCCCUGCUGGAAGGAGGGAGAUGCUAUCGGCUUCCUGUUGGACCUCAGCAAGAAGCAGAUGAUCUUCUAUCUGAAUGGACAUCAGCUGCCGCCAGAGAAACAGGUCUUCUCCUCGGCCACGUCUGGUUUCUUUGCAGCAGCCAGCUUUAUGUCCUACCAGCAGUGUGAGUUUAACUUUGGGGCCAAGCCUUUUCGUCACCCACCAUCUGUCAAGUUCAGCACCUUCAAUGACUUCGCUUCACUGCUGCCCAGUGAAAAGAUCAUCCUACCCAGACACCGGCGUCUGGCCUUACUAAAGCAAGUUAGCAUCCGAGACAACUGCUGCACGCUGUGUUGUGACGUCAUGGCUGACACAGAGCUGCGGCCCUGUGGACAUGGUGGUAUGUGUAUGGAGUGUGCCUUACAGUUAGAGACGUGCCCGCUGUGCCGCCAGGACAUCCAGACCCGCGUCAGACUCAUUGCACAUGUCUCCUGACACACUUCCUGCCCCUCAUCCAAUAAGGAGAGACACACAAGCCCUACGGCCUCCUCCUCCUCCUCUAAUCCCCUCUCACCCGAUAGGGCUGUGAGGAAGGUGCCACAGCAUUGUGAAGAUACCAGAACUGGAACUUCUGGUAAGAGGAGGCGACGAUGGAGAGGUGGAGACAAGAACGAGAGGAGAUGAGAGGAGGGAAAUUUCAAUCACAUCUGGAUCCCCAGGAUCUUUCCCUUAUUUCCUUACAUCUCCUCUUUUGUAUCCUUCUGACAACUCACUGCAGAAGCUGGGCCAAGGAUCGUCAACUUUCUACCAUCCGUGUGUUUUUCAAACAAAAACGGCAGAAGUGAGGAGCAGAAACAUUUUGUCCAGACAGACCAAAACUUCUCAUCUGCAAGCCCCUGCGUAGAGUUAUCAGACAUCCUUUCCUUGAUAUAAAGAUCCCACUGCGCUUUCAGCCCAGAGGCUACUACUAUUUAAUCCCAUCAAUGUCAUGCACAUGUCUGCGGAUCUGAAAAGGUUGAAUAGCAGAAAAGAGAGUAUUAAACCCAAGGUACAGAUAAAUUUGAGAUAUAGCUCAUGUUCUUGUUUUGGGGUAUAGAAGUGUUAUCGAGGUAGCAUUUUCAGUCUCUUUUCUCAAGCUUGUACCAACACCUGUCCUUUGGGCAGCUUGUAGAAGUAGUCAUGGGGUUCAGUUUUAUGAUCUGGUUAACAAAAGCAAAAUUAAAAAAUCAAAUCAGAUUUUAUACCACAGAGAACAUUAGUGACAAAUUUCUUGGUUUACGACCAUUUAAAAAAAAAAACCCAAAUACUUGAAUCUUUAUUAGGACUAAUUGAUUUUCAGCACGGCUGACCCUGCUGCUUUUUGUGCUUUAUUGUCUUUGCUCAGAUGUUGAUAUUUCAUGAGUCUUGGUCACGUAUGUAACAGCCACAACAAAUAAAGAUACAGGGAUUAGAAUUACAGGAAGUUCAGUAAAUUAAAUCACAUGUUUGUUUGUCAUAAGUGCAUAUGUUUGAGGAAACAGUUAGGUGUGUACAAUUGAAUUUCCAACACCUUCACCCUCUGAAAUAAUCUGGGAUUGCUUGAUUGGUGCUAACAAUUUGGCAACAACUUGUAAUGAAGCUCCACCAAGAGCCAUGCUCAUUUGAGGGGCAUUGUAAGUAAAUAUGUCUUAAUUUUUGGUUGUGGUGAUAAACAUGUGCGUCUGUAUCAAGACGACUUUUUUUCAAUCCACAAGAUGUGAUUUAAUUUUUAUUUUAUGAUUGGAGACCACCGAUGUAGAGACUUGGCUACAGUACAGCUGGUUUUGUUGAUUGACAGUGUUGUAUUAGCCAGUAAGUAAAUCAUUUAAAAACAAAUGUGAAAUGUUUCAGUGAAUCAUUUUUCCCGUUAUAUCAGUUGACCAAAUUCUUAAGAUGCUGUCAUUUUGAGUCUGAUUUGGCAUUGGAAUACUUGACAUACAUUAGCAAAGAAACUACCCACAGCACACUAACAUCACCAAGAGUGUGGGCUUCAGCACAGAAACAAAUCUAUUCGCGUUUCACUUGCUACACAUCACAGGACUCUUAGUGGGACUUCUUGUAUAAGGAAUUGAUCUUGUCAAACAAGUUUGUCAGAUUGGAAGUGUAUCUUCCAGUUGAUGGGCUCAGACUGACUAAAAUGUGGUUUCCCUCUCUGUGCUUUAUAUAACAUGGCCCAUCUCACUUCUUUCAUUCUGCCAUUUUUCAUCUUCCUUCUGUCUUUAUAAGAACCUCAUGUUUUCUGUAUCUUUCUGUCCGUCCUUUACUUGAAACAUCUCUGGGUUGACUGACUGACAUUUGUAUUGGUAAAAAGUGUUGAAAUGAACAUGUGAGAGAAAUUCUGAUAAAUAGAAAAAAUGUGGUUGUACAAUUUUAAAAAGAAAAAUCAAUGUCAUUUUAAAUUAUCACAAUUGAUGAUUAAGAAUUUAUUUUGGUCAAAUUGUUGAGUUGCUACUCCAGCAAAUUGCAUGAACAGGGUCUGUAAAAUCAUUCGAACUAUACUGGAAUGAUUUCUAAAAGAUAACAUGCCUCUCUGAGUGUGACAAAAGACUGGUCUGUUCACUGUUCGAUAUCUUGUAUUUCCUCAUGCACCUUAUACAUGCAGGUGAGAGAAAUGAUAUGGUUGUCUCCGCAAUUGGAGAUGAAGUUCAGGAAUAAGUUGUGAGUUGUAUUUAAAACAUCUAUAAAGGAAUUUUGCCCCAGAGUUCCCAAAGAUGUGAUUGAUUGAAGAAUUGUUGUUUCCUGGAUUGUGAUAUUUGUAAUAAAUGUAUGUACAUGUGA